ACACCACCACAAGCCUUCCUUUCCCCCUCUCUUCACCACCUCACACGCUCCCUACCUAAUUGCUACACCACGAAGCCCCCAACACCCCCACACUCUUUUGCUUCUGCUGCCACCAACCACUCUCAUUUAGCACUCUUCCUCUGCAUCAGUCUUCCAGCUCAUUCUCAAGCCCCCUCAAGACCCACACCACCAGCGCUCCCCCUGUUCCCAGAGCAUCACAAUCGCAGCUAGUCUGCCUUGCCUGCUUCGAGCGCAACGUCGAGGUAUGAAGUUGGCGCUGCUGUUCUGAGUGUCGAAGUCGCCGCUCCGCCAGCUGCAGCUCGAGAAUGUCCUAUGAUCGUCAUCAGUACCCCCCACCUCAUGACGAUCAUGGGCCACCUCUUCAGCAGUCAUCAUCAACUCUGAGCGGAGCAUUGGACAUUCAUCGCGAGCAGUCACAUGGGGACAGCGUACAUGCACAACUGAGCUCGCCAUCGAAGGAGCACGACCAGAGAAGAGCACAUGAGCUUCCCACCACCGCUGAGCAAUGGUUUCUUCCGUCUCCCCCCGAGGCGCCCUCUUCACAAGGGCGCUCCUCGCUUGCACAUGCUCUUCAAUGGCCUUCCACUCCAGCCAGGCCGGCUGUCCCACCAACGUGCAGUACCCCGGUCAAACGGACGAGUGAGAUGCAAUGGGAACCUGAUUCAGCCUUUGAAGUCAAUGCUACCCCGUCCUGGACGGCUGUACAAGACACCAGCCCCACAGCUUCUCCCUUUCCAUUCACCUUCGUCUCGAACCCCGUCUCUCGAAGAGAAGGAUGGGCCGAGCAGCGUGCGGCCGGCACAUCGCAGCAAUAUCAGCCGACAAAGUUGGGCGGACCAGCGAUGGGGUUCAAUGCAGCACAGUGGGGCUCAGCAGGCAUCGACCAUUCCCGCUAUGCGACAUGGCCGGCAGGAUCUCGACCAACAGCAGUCUCGGACGAUGAUUUGCACCACCAUAAGGGUACGGACGGCAUCGGUUCUGGACUUGGUGAAGGACUCGACCUAUCGCCUAGUGUCCCAAUAUUAAGCCGACACGACAACAGUCAGGGUACUUCACCUUUGGGAGGCAAGCGAACCAACUCCUACGACAUGCCUCCCGACCGAGACGCCGGACCUCUCACUUUCGACUGGGCCAGCGCUCCGGCACCGUCUGCUGAUAGCCAGCAUCCAAGCGCGCUCUACCCUGCACUCCCCAGUCUCACUCAAGGCUUGCAAACCCUCGGAUUGACUCUCGAUCAGCUGACAACAUUGGGUCCAGCCGACGACACACACAACGACAGCCAGCUCAGUAUCAACACUUCAGCUGACUCAAUGCUCAGCUCGCCUGACUUUGACAAUUCAUGGGAAACCUCACUGAGUGCUGAGCAGUCAAGCAUGGAGUCCAGCUUUGCCUCCUCGCGCACACCACCUCAGAUGAAAGGAUGGUGUGACCCUUCCGUGAGUUUGUCUCUGGCACCCCCUCGUGGGGGGCAUAUACUGGAGGAUGCGACUCCUCGAAGUUUCCCCGUCGCCAGUGGAUAUGUACCACCUGCAGCCUUACCAGUAAAUCUUGAAGCCAAUCAGCAUGUAGCCGCAGACAACGGUCUGCCUCCUCGUAGCAGCUCUCCUCGCCCUUUCGCGAGCGCCUCACAGGCGGCUCCUUUGGAUCUCAUGGAUGAGCGCUUGCCCUGGGGACCCCCUCCUUCCCCUUCGUCCUCGUCUGGCUGUGACUUCGCCGAUCCGCAUUCGCAAGCCCCGUCCUCUGCUCAACCUGAGCCUUCACAACUUGCUGAAUUGUUGGGAAGUGAUGCGAUGAUUCAGAUUCAAGCGAAGCUUGGCUUUGGUCCUCCGAGCAUCAGAGCUGGCCCUGCCCAAAGUGCUACAGCUGCCCCUUCGCACGUGGCUCACCAGGCAGGUUCGACGGCACAGGCUCGGAUGCGUCAGGCACAAGACAAGAUCGGCACGGAAGAGGUCUUGGUAGCUCUGAAGAACCUUCGUAUGUUCCUUCAAGGUACUGAUGAUCAGCAACACUUGAGAUCCGUCAUCGAGCUCGAGAGCAGCAUAAUCCAGAGUAGAGACGUUCAGAUCAGUGGGUCUUCAGCAGACCCGCCCCCGCCCUCCGAGGCAACAAAGUCAGCGACAAUGGUUGCACCGUGUCCGCCUCGAGUCUAAGGCAGUGCGGACAACCUUGCGAACGACAACAGACAAAGCAGCUCAGACUUCCUUCUGACAAACCAUGCAGCCAUCUAUCUUGACCCAGAUGCGUCCCAGCAGUCCAAGUGACCUUAUUCGCAGCAUAUGCCUAUACGAUCCCACCCCCUAAUGCCUUGCUUCUCCUUUUUUCGGUAUUCACGCCCCCUAAGGCCUAGUAGAGGUAGAACCACACAGCCAUGACAUAACGCUGGUCGUGUUGUGAAUAGCUUUCCUUGUCCAUACCUUUGCUCAUACUUUCAUUACAUAGGUGCUCCUAGACACUGCUUCUGCUCUUGG